CUCCAUCAGCGGACGCCUUUCGUUUGCCCUCGUGCGCCGACUUCUGAGACUGGAGGAACUCUGCGAUGAGGUCGGGACAGUCUAAGUUGUCCUCUGGCUCCCAUGUGUUAUCUUCCCUGCGUGCGUGCGCACACACAAAAAAAGGGUGAGUCAUGGUCACACUGCAGCAUGUGAAUUGAAACCGCUUCUCGCAUCUCAUCUCUGUCGGCACGCCAGCAUCUUUGCGCCAGUGACCAUGAACCACGAAGAUGAGUUUGUUGCCGUGCGAGUUCAAGAUCCCCGCGUGCAGAACGAAGGCUCGUUGAAUUCAUACGUGGAUUACAAGAUCUUCCUCCAUACAAACAGUCGGGCGUUCACCGCCAAGACGUCAUGCGUGCGGCGGCGCUACAGCGAGUUUGCAUGGCUGAAGAAGAAGCUGCAGAAGAACGCCGGCUUGGUGCCUGUUCCAGACCUUCCCAGAAAGUCCUUCUUCUCCUUCAGCAAUGAAGAUUUCUUGGAGCGAAGGCGUCAAGGACUUCAAGUAUUUCUGGACAAGGUGGUGAACAUGACUGUGUGUCUGUCAGACAGCCAGCUUCACCUGUUCCUGCAGACGCAGCUGCCCGUGGGCCACAUUUUGGACUGUGUGCAAGGCCACACGCCCUACUCGGUGACAGACGCCAUCCUGACCUACGCCUCAUCCAAUCGGGGCUGGGCUCAGGCUCAGGAGGAGGACGCCGUCAUCAAGGAGCCAAGUCUCAAUGUGUCGUACGAGUCCAUGGAGAGCCCGGCUCCUCAUCACCCUCGCCCUCACAACAAAGACGUCAGUAGCCCGGUGCUCUCCUCAUGCGUCGACGACGACACAAACGAACCGUGCGACACGACUGCCAAAGCCACGCCGGCCAUUUUCUACCUGGGAGACGGCCUGGACGAGCGGACGCCGCCUGAAGACGCCACGCACGAGAGCAGUCGCAUGGAGACGCCAGUGGAGGUCCACUCUCCUGGCGUUGAGGAGAACCGCGAUGAGGAUGCCGCCCGGCUCUCGUCAUCCAAUGAGAGCAUUGUAAAAGUCAGCGAUGAAGAAGAUGCGGUCAACCCAAACUGUUUGGCACCAAAUGGCUUCGCCAAGAUGUCUCCUGAGGAUGACAGCCGCUGGCCGCAUGUGUCCGGCGGAACCGCUGCGGACUUCCAAGUGAACGGGAGCACCGACCGGGAGCUGAGUAAUUCUUUGGACAUCAAUUUUGCUGAGAACGACUUUAGCGUGUUGGAGAGCAGCUCCGCUCCAGAGUUGGCCGGCGGAAAGCACUCACCGUUGCCAGACUGAAGACGAUGUUUGUUUUUUACAGGAUAGGUUGUUGUUUUUUUUUUAAA